UGUGAUACAAAGCACGACCUUUUAUUACCGUAAUGUUUCUCAUCUCCUUAACUCUCACAUUCAUUUUGAGUUUCGACUUGAUUAAUUUACGAUUCCUUUUUUUGAUUGCUGUUGAACUCUUCGUUUUCUUUGAAACCGGCUGCAUCUCCCCCUAUAAAUAUCUCUCCUUCCUACCAUGAAAGCUCCAACUCUAAACAGAUCUAUAAUCUUAGAAACUCCAACAAAACCCUUGCAAUGCCUACUUCCUACACCGUUCUUGCUGACCUGAAGGCUGGGCGAUGUUCCAAGGCGGCGGAAAUCUGUUUUCUGAGAUUCUGGGAGGCCAGGAACCUCACCAAAAAUGGGCAACUGAUGAGCCUUGAGAUGUUAUUGAUCGACGAGCAUCUAACUUUCAGGGGACGUUUAGCGAAAGGAUUGGUGUACACCUUGAGUGGCUUCGAUGUCGCACGAAGCAGCCCAAAGUACAGGCUGUCUGUCGGUCCUGUCUCCAUUCGUUUCAAUGAGGGGACUGAUCUGCGUAAGCUGGCAACCACCUCAAGGAUAAUACCGACAGAACAUUUCCGGUUCCGACCAUUUCAACAGAUCCGUGAACUCGCAAAUAAUGGGAAACAACUACCUGACGUUAUGGGUGAGCUUCUUGCGAUCAAGAGCACCAUAACUGACCGUCUUCAUGGGGCACCUCGAGUUAUGCUAACAAUACGUCUUGAGAGAAGUCUGUGUGAGUAUGUUUGAUUCGUUGGUUCAGAAAUUUCAUGACAAGUUUGAUGGCUACGGGAAAGAGCCUAAGAUUGUCCUGGUAACAAGCAUCAAUCCAAAGAGAGCACCCAUCCCCACCUUUGAGGAAGUAGCAGUGGAUGCUGAACCACCAGUCCAACUGCCUGUUGCACCUGGUUCUGGCUCUAAAGGUAUCAUCUCAUGUAAUGUCGCAGGCCAAUCCAACAUGUCUGAUAAUCCUCAUGAAGUGCUGCAGACUACUGUGAAGGAAGUCGAUGAUGCAUUGAUGCAGAAGGAAAUGUAGCUAAGAAAGCAUGGGUGGAAUCAGUGUUUUUUAUAUCCCGACCAACCACCUUAACUCUACCAGUUCAUGUUUCAUUUUGUUGACUUUCGCGCUUUAGUUUCAUUUUGCAAACAUUAUAUGUUUUGCUUUCUAUUUUAAAAAAACUGUGCCCUGUGGUUGGUUGUUUCUUUUAUUUAAUAAAGCCUAGACUUUUGUGUACGGAUUGUGGCUAAUAUUAGUGGUUUUGAUGAUUUGUUGGGUUUGACUCUUGAAAUCAGGGCUGGUGUGGUGAAUUAGAUCAGGGUGUAAAAUAGAAAUCUUUACUCGUGUGUUUU